GUUCUUGGGAAGCAAUGCAGAUAAAAGUAAACCCCGCCGAUCUUCCUAGAUUUCUAACGUCGAGCCAGGUGUAUAGGGUAAAGGAAAAGGACACGGUCGUUUUGCCUUGUGAAAUCUCCAAUCCUGGUCCAUACGUUUUGGCUUGGAAGAGGGGCAUUGCUGUGCUAUCAGCCGGGAGUGUGAAAGUUUAUCCCGAUACUCGGAUGCAGCUUGUUAAUGGUUACAAUUUACAAAUUGAGGAGGUGGGACCCCAAGACGCUGGCGAUUACGUGUGUCAAAUAGGAACUCUGGAACCACGCGAAAUCACGCACACCCUCGAAGUACUUGUGCCGCCGAGGAUACAUUUUGUCACUUCGAACGGUCGCGUGGAGGUGAAGAAGGGCACAACAGUGCGCUUGGAGUGCAAGGCAUCCGGCAACCCCGUCCCCAAGAUAAUAUGGUCCCGACGUAACAAUUUGCUUCCCGGGGGAGAACAGACCCUAGUCUCGCCCACGCUCAAUUUAGACCGGGUCGACAGACACCAGGCGGGGAUAUACGAGUGCACGGCGAGUAACGGCGUCGGCGAAGACGUCACCGAACAAAUUGUUCUCCACGUGCUGUUGGAGAGGUACGAUAUGCCCACCUUGGGGCCCAUUAUUCGGGACCAUUAUGCCGAGGUUGCACUUUUAAAAUGCCGCGGUCUACCGACCGACGACUGCUCCUUCAAAUUUAAUGAGAGCCGCCGGCGCCGCGACGCCACCGUCCGCGCGCUGCCGCCUUGA